AUGCCCCAGCCAGAGCAGCGUGGGGCCAAAAAGAGAAGUGGGAGUGGAGAGAUAUAACUGAGUUACCAAGGCAGGACAUCUUUGUCAAAGGAAGGAAAGAGUAGAGCAGGAAAGCAGGAAGAGAAAGGGCUGAAAUAGAGGAGUGACCAUUCCACAGAGAUCAGUUUCACACAGAGCCGGUGGAGAUACUACAGGUGGACAUGAAAGCUAGAUGAAUAUAACAAAUAAUAAACAUCAUAGACCUAUAUAAUCGUCUCAGCCAGUCUGAAGGAUUUGUCUAUACUUCAUUGAGGAAAGAAAAUUAUAUAAUAAGUAAAGGGAAAAGUUCCUCUGCAGGAGAAAAGUUGUUUUUUGAGGGAACGGACAACCUUCUCUAUUACACUAAUACAAACACUGGACAUACCUGACAGGCUGAUGAACGGCAAGAUGAGUCUUUCCCGUAAUGGUACCUUGGAGAAACCUGCCUCUCUGCAUUCCCCCACAGAUCAGGGGGAGUCCGAAUCACCUCACCCGCGUCUCCAUCACACCGGUUCCAUCUCCUCCAGUUCUCCAGCUAACAUGUCCAGCUCAGGUGUAGUGGUUCCUCCUCCGUACUCAAUAGCAGGCAGUGCAGUGAACGACUCUCCCCUGGAGCUGAGAGGCUCUUUGGACUGUUGGGCCUGUUCUGUUCUGGUUACAGCACAGAAUCUGAUCAUUGCCACACUCAAUGUAGGUUUGGCUGCCUUUAUCUUCGGCCUCAUCCUGUUGCCAUCGCUCGUCAUGGUUGUUUUUGGCUUCCUCUGCCAUUCAACGGUUCAGCGCCACGGUACUUCCGUCUACUGUUCGGAUCUUUUGGACGAUGGGGGUUGUGUGGCUUUGCUGGUGGUGGGGUUCCUGCUGCUGGCUCCGCUACUGGUUCUGGCUCUGGCUGCUUACUGCAGGAUGGCACGCCACCUCCAGCUGGGCUUGUGCUUCAUCCCAUAUAGUCGUGCCGUCUACAAGAACCUGCCUGCAUCACGUCAUCGAGGCCUGGGGGGCUGCUGUGGCCAGCAGGGGGCAGGAGAGAGCGAGGGAAAGGGAAGCGUGUGGGUUUGAGCAGCCUGAUGAAGCCUGGUGAAUUUAAUGUGAAUAGCUAUAGCAAUAGGUCACAUUACAGAACCCAAAUACAAUACCAAACAGAUGUCAAUACAAGCAGUGCCGUGUUCUCAGCAGUUCUGUUAAAUUAAUUUUUUACAAACUGUGCAUUUAUUCAGUGUCAGUCUCUUUUUUAAGUGAUUUUUUCAGUCCUUUCUUAACUGGCUCAACCUAUACCAUGGUGAAAAAGGUGGAACUAUUUUUUUUACAAAUGUUUAAUGUUGUUUCUUUGUAACAUUUUUAGUAGGCCUACUUUAGUGAAUUUUCAUACAUUUAACUAUGAAGUCUUUGUAAAAAAAUUUUAAAAAGUUUUCUUUUAUUACUGUACAAACACCUCUUUCUACUUAAAUAAAUAAAUAAAUAAAACAUUCCCAAGAUAAAUGUA